AUGCAAGCAAUAACAUCAGUUAAUAGUAGUAGUAGUAAUCUUACAAUCUACAAUAGUAAGAAUCUAGGAGUAUCUUUUGAUGAUAUCAAACAAGCCCAUGAUAGAAUUAAACCACACAUCCACAAAACACCCAUCAUGACUAGCUCUGUUAUCAAUGAUAUGUCUGGUUUUGAAUUAUACUUUAAAUGUGAGAACCUUCAAAAAGUAGGAGCAUUCAAAUAUAGAGGAGCUUGCAAUUCUAUUCUAAAGCUUGAUGAACAAGAUGCAAAAAAGGGUGUUGUUACUCAUAGCAGUGGUAAUCAUGGACAAGCAAUAGCAAAAGCAGCACAACUAAGAGGUAUACCUGCUUAUAUCGUAGUACCAAAUAAUGCACCAAAAGUAAAGUUGGAUGCUAUUAGAGGAUACGCUGGUGAAUCAAAUGUUGUCCUUUGUCAACCAAAUUUACAAUCUCGCGAGAGUACUUGCAACGACCUCAUAACCAAGACUGGUUGUACAUUGAUUCAUCCAUUUGAUAAUGCUGAUGUAAUUGCUGGUCAAGGUACUGUUGCAAUCGAAUUAUUAUCUCAAGUUGAUAAUUUAGAUGUUAUUAUUUGUCCAAUUGGUGGUGGUGGUGUUUUAUCAGGAGUUUGUAUUGCAGCCAAAACAUUAAAUCCUGAUAUUAAGAUUAUUGGAGUAGAACCAUUGGGAGCUGAUGAUGCAGCACGUUCAUUGGAAGCAGGUGAAGCAUUACCACAUCUUCCAGGUAAACCAAAUACAAUUGCUGAUGGUUUACUGACAUGUGUCGGCAAAUUGAAUUUCCCAAUCGUUCAAUCUUUGUGCGAUGGUAUCAUUACUGUUGAUGAUGAAGAGAUCAAAUAUGCUCUCAAGACUAUAUGGGAGAGAAUGAAGAUUAUUGUAGAACCUUCAUCUGCAACCGUUCUAGCUGCAUGGUGUCAAAAAGAUUGGACUCAUUGUCACUGGAGGUAA